GACGACGCAGUACUAACAUACAGGUCGACUCAGGUCUCCCGCAAAAAUGCCUAGCCGACUCCAGGAAUAUCAGGUCAUUGGCCGUCACCUUCCAAGUGAUGCCAACCCGACCCCAAAGCUCUACCGCAUGCGCAUCUUUGCUCCAAACGAUGUCGUUGCGAAGAGCCGAUUCUGGUACUUCCUUGCCAAGCUGCGCAAGAUCAAGAAGGCCAACGGUGAGAUCGUUAGCUUGAACAAGAUCCACGAGAAGCACCCACUCAAGGUCAAGAACUUCGGUAUCUGGAUCCGCUACGACUCGCGUUCUGGUACCCACAACAUGUACAAGGAGUACCGAGAGAUGUCCCGCUGCGAGGCUGUGCAGGCUCUCUACCAGGACAUGGCAUCCCGCCACCGUGCCCGCUUCAGGACCAUCCACAUCCUCAAGGUCAUCGAGGUGGAGAAGACCGACGACAUCCGUCGCCCAUACAUCAAGCAGCUCACCUCCAAGAACCUCAAGUUCCCAAUGCCUCACCGUGCACCACCAACCAGCAAGAAGGUCGUCUUCGCCGCGACCCGCCCGAACACCUUCUACUAGAUGUGUUGAGCGCUGUCUGCAUUUGGGACUGGGGAAGCGGAUGACUGCCCGGAUCGGCGGUCUCGGAAAGGCGUUGCUCACAGUGUGCGUAGCUAGCGUAUGACGAAAAAGUAGCUGGCACUAUGUCCAAGAUGCAUGAAUACCCAAAGUUUUUCACGUUUCA